AUGUACUCUGCCACCCACGUCUACCCUUCUAUCACCAAAAUACUGACGUACAUCUCCCCUCAGAUGCGAAUCGUCCCCGCCGCAAACCACACCACGACCUUCGCCGCCGGCGCCGCUGCCCCCUCGGCCCCGGGCAUCCACGACACGCUCCGCGCCGGCGUCGGCCAGACGGCUCUCGACUCCAAGAACAACGUCCCCUCGUCGGCCCACCCGCUCGAGGCCCGCCUGAAGAACUGGGAGGCCACCCAGGAGAGCAUGCGCAUGGAGACGCUGCGCCGCACCUUUGGCCUCGCCGAACCCAUCCGCCGUCAGAUGGAGCUCAAGAUCACCCAGGACGGCGAGUGGAGGCCCCUCGCCCUCGGCGGCCACCAGACGAGCGUCCACGAGGAGAUCCUCCGCGGCAAGGACGCCAGCAUCUCGUGGGAGGACGUCUACACGGGCGAGGAGGGCGUCGGCAUCGUUGGCAUGCACGACGAGAUGGAGAAGAAGCUGAAGAUCUGA